AUGAUACGAAUGAAGCGAUAUGCCCCAAAUUGGCGAUUGACAGGCAUGAACGAUGUGUUGUGGUAUGAAGAGCCUCUGGAUAUGGAAGAUUUCGUAGCCGGAGGCUCACUGUUGCUAGUUGCGAUGUUCUCUAUUGCCUUGUAUAUUAUUAUAUUGAGAACAAUGAGAAAGCAUGAUAAGGAAAUCGUGGGUUAUCGUUUUCUGAUAUCUGCUGGUGUCUGUGAUAUUCUUCUUCUCAUAAACUAUGGAGUAUGGCCAGGCUUAACCAUUCUCUUCAAAUCAGAAAUUAUUUCGAAGCCUUUAAGGCAUUGGAUGCAGCUUUAUCUGGACUGGGCAUGGUUUUCUAUGGUUUGGCAUUACAGCUUAAUAGCCUGGUCGAGAUGGUCUGCAAUUCGUCAUCCAAUUGACUUUCGAAGCCAAGCAAGGAAAACAUCAUACAUGCUAUGCUCAUUCUGUUACAUUAUAUCUCUCAUUCAGGUUCUAUGUACUCAUUUCCAACCUUGGUAUGUGACAUUCUAUUACGAUCCAUCCUCAUACGGUAUGCUGGCUGAAGAUUUCGAUCUAUACAUGAGUGGUGGUCAGUCAGCUAUGUUCUUGGGCUUCCACAUAAUAGCUAUAAUUCCACCUUGCAUAUUCUAUAAUUGGUCAUUGAUAUUACUGAUAAGACGGCGUCGGAAUAGCGUCAUCACUUCAACUCCAAUAGCCCAUCUUCACAACAAUAUUGAAAGCAGGUUACUGUUACCCUGCGUCAUCAAUCUCAUCAUGUUCGUUUUUGGUCAGGUUCUUAUCACCUAUGGAACAGGUGAAGGUAAAUGGGCAGGGUGGACAGUCAUGAUGCUGUUCUGCACGAAUUCAUCUAUUAAUACGGCUCUCCUGUUGGUAUGCUCGGCAAGCAUCAGACAACAAGUCUACAAGACUCUGGGAGUUCGAUGCAGCUCAGCUUAUCCUCAAAAGCACGAAGCCAUGAUAUUCAGAAAUAACAUGGCGAUCGGAAAUGAAAGUAAAAUGGCUUUGGAAUUGGAUACGGGUAUAGCUAAUAAUCCUUUGAAUAAUGAAACGACAGUCUUCGUAUAG